AAGGGAGCGCACGCAAAAUCCCGAACAGCGCGAGCGACUGGCGGGCCCUCAUCGCAGAGGUGGGAGACGCGGUGAGUGGGUCAUCAAGCUUUGAUGUAUGUGUUGGCCAGUUCUGAAAUCUUGAAGAAGCUCUGUAUUGAGGAAGAUCCAAGCAAUCUUUGCCAAUCAGGGAAUGGAUCGUUUGGGUUCCUUUAGCAAUGAUCCCUCUGAUAAGCCACCUUGCAGAGGCUGCUCCUCCUACCUCAUGGAACCUUACAUUAAGUGUGCUGAAUGUGGGCCACCUCCUUUUUUCCUCUGUUUGCAGUGUUUCACUCGAGGAUUUGAGUACAAGAAACAUCAAAGUGAUCAUACUUAUGAAAUAAUGACCUCAGACUUUCCUGUUCUUGACCCCAGCUGGACUGCUCAAGAAGAAAUGGCCCUUUUAGAAGCUGUGAUGGAUUGUGGCUUUGGAAAUUGGCAGGAUGUCGCUAAUCAGAUGUGCACCAAGACCAAGGAGGAGUGUGAGAAGCACUACAUGAAGCAUUUCAUCAAUAAUCCUCUUUUUGCAUCUACUCUGCUAAACCUGAAACAAGCAGAGGAGGCUAAAACUGCCGACUCAGCCAUUCCAUUUCACUCUACAGAUGACCCUCCCCGACCUACCUUUGACUCUUUGCUUUCUCGGGACAUGGCAGGAUACAUGCCAGCUCGAGCAGAUUUCAUUGAGGAGUUUGACAAUUAUGCAGAAUGGGACUUGAGAGACAUUGAUUUUGUUGAAGACGACUCAGACAUUUUACAUGCUCUGAAGAUGGCUGUCGUUGAUAUCUAUCAUUCCAGGUUAAAAGAAAGACAAAGACGAAAAAAAAUUAUAAGAGAUCAUGGAUUAAUCAACCUUAAAAAGUUCCAGUUAAUGGAACGGCGUUAUCCCAAGGAGGUCCAAGACCUUUAUGAAACAAUGAGAAGAUUUGCAAGGAUUGUGGGACCAGUGGAACAUGAUAAAUUCAUUGAAAGCCAUGCAUGUGCCAGGACGUACGAUCACCUAAAGAAGACAAGAGAGGAGGAGCGCCUUAAACGCACUAUGCUCUCUGAAGUUCUUCAGUAUAUCCAGGACAGUAGUGCAUGCCAGCAGUGGCUCCGCCGACAAGCUGACAUUGAUUCUGGGCUGAGUCCUUCCAUUCCAGUGGCUUCAAAUUCAGGUAGACGGAGUGCGCCACCUUUGAACCUCACUGGCCUCCCUGGCACCGAGAAGCUAAAUGAAAAAGAAAAAGAGCUCUGUCAGAUGGUGAGGUUGGUCCCCGGAGCCUAUUUAGAAUACAAGUCUGCUCUGUUGAAUGAGUGUAACAAGCAAGGAGGCUUGAGACUGGCACAGGCAAGAGCACUCAUCAAGAUAGACGUGAACAAGACUCGAAAAAUCUAUGAUUUCCUCAUCCGAGAAGGAUACAUCACUAAAGCCUGAGUCUCUGUGGGCUUGGGAAUGCAAGUCAAAAGUUUGGAAUGUGAUGAAUUAAAGGACAAUAUAAGCAUUCCAGAGAACUGUUUUUGAGCUGAAUUCCUAUAGUAAAAAGAGAGGACAAAGGAAACCUUAAGUUGUGUUAAUGUCUACUUUCUUUUCUGCCCUGCUUUAAAGCACUCCGUUGUUGGUAUUGUGCUGCAGAAUUGUGUGCUAUAUGAGCUAUUAUUAAAUGCGAGUGGGCAUUCAUUCCUAACACCUCUUGUAACUAAAAUAAGAACCAUAGUACCUUAUAUCACAGUGUUGGUAGAAAUAGAACUGAACCAAACCAAACCAAACCAGUGUUUAGUACCAGAAAUUCAGCUCAGACCCUUGUACUUGUGAGCUAAGAUUGCUGAUUAUCUGUUUUGCCAUCAGACAUUGCAGACACAUUAAAAUGAAAUUUUUUAGAACAUGAGAAAUCUUUUUCUUCUAAGGAUUUUUUAAGCUGAUAACUUAUAUAUGAACAAAUAAGAGGAAAACCUCCCCAUGGUGGUCUUGUCCCAAACUGCCUUUUUAACUUUAAUGUCUGGCUUUGUGUUUUACAGUCUGGCUGUCUGUAGUAGACUUUUGAGGAGGUGGUACCAGAUAUAAAAUGUCUCUGUUAUUUUUAGAGUUAAUGGAUUAAAAUGUUUUGCCAUUUAAUUUAUGGGUAUGUCAAAUAUUCUGGUAACUCAGGCACACUUAGAGUGUUGGCUGCUCGUCCCUUCACAUUGCACUGUCUCUGCUAACAUGUGUCCGUGUCCUGACUCACCCUGUUCUUACACAGAGUUCUCAGGCCCCCGAGGAUAGACAUGAUGCAGCUGACCUCAGCUUUGCUUGGGUUGAGACCUGAACCCUCAUUUCUCAAUGGUGAAAGAUUAGCCUGCAAAAAAAGCUGCUUUUGAAACAGAAAUAAAGCAGCUUCAUUAUGAUACUCACUAUAUGUGAGGGUGAGAAGCCCCACCACAUCUAAAACUUGGUCCUCAAACCUUUCUGCAAAAUAAGAAGCCAAACUCAGAGUCAUGGUUAUCUCAUUUUUGUUAGAAGCAAAAUUGUCGUACAUAGAAAUAACUUCUUUAGAAUCUGCACAAAUCACCUCCAAUAGCUGAUUGUUUAUUUCUUUUAACAUUCAAACAUCUAAUUAGUAUGUGCUUUCUUGGAAGUAUCUGCUCAAACUUUUAACUGAUGUAAUUAUGCAAGCAGUUUGCUAAUAGAUAUCUAGGGAACAAGAAAUGAAAAGGGUACGCUUAGGAUCUGAGGGAAUACAAAUAGAGGAUGUCAUUUCUUUAAAAAAGAUGGCUUGUGGGAAUGUUCUCCUUUUUUUGCAUAGCCAUCUCCAUAUCUCUCAGAAAAUGUAUUCUCCCACCACCAUCAGCCCUAGAUGGUUAUGAAGAGAUUGCCUCUUGUUCAUAAAUAGUAAUUCCUGUUUUGAAAAUCUGGAAUGUAGCAGACAUCAUUGUCAGGUGACUAUUGUUGUCUUUGAAGAAUCUUUAAUCUUGGUUAAGGAAGGCUUCUUGGGAGAGGUGGACUUUUGAGGCAAUGAAGAGAUUGAGAGUCAAGUGAAAAAUGGCAGAUGGAAGUGGGAGACUGUUCCAGACAUAGGUGGUGGAGGAUGAUAUGGAGGCAGCAGUGGGAGUAAGGAAAAUGGUGCCAAGAGUCGUAUUUGGCUAGAAUACAAGGGGCAGCUGUGGUAGUUAGGAGUGGGAGGAUGGUAGGACAGACAAUAGAAACCUCUGAACCAAUGGAACACUGAAUUAGCAUGUGAGGAUCAGUAGAUUUGGUGAGGAAAAUGGCAUGGUUGAAAAUAAUAGAAAAAUAAAGCUGUAGUUACAAAUAACUAGAUUUUAGAAAGUAGGGUUACUUUUGCUUCAGUAAACCCAACUUUGUAAAAUUUUAAGACCUAAUAUCCUUAGUGGGUUUCUGAAAAGUCUAGUUUUCUUUUCGGUGAGUAGUAUUCUUAAAAGGGGUCACUGUCUUUUUUGCAUUUGCAGCAGAAAAGUACUUACUGGUAUUGAUGUGACUGUCAUUUCCUUCCAUGUUCUUAUCACUUAGAGAAGGCCUGUUUAUUUGUUUGCUUUGUUAAUAGUGGGUUUUGAACUCAGUGCCUUACACUUGCUAGGCAGGUGCUGUAUCACUUGAGC